AUGACGAGCCAUCGUUUGGUGUUUGGUGCAGAGCCAUGUGUGUUUCCCUGCCUGAAUGGAGGUCAGUGCGUUCAGUCGGAGUCAUGUGACUGCAGCUUGUAUCAGGCCACUGGACACAGAUGUCAGACAGUCCCAAACCCCGGCUUUGAGAGGGAGAUGACGUGUCGGUCGUGGGGUCAGUACAACUUCGAGACCUUUGACGGCCUCUACUUCCACUUCCCCGGUCGGUGCACGUACACUCUGCUGAGGGACUGUGAGGACACCGCCCAGGCCAGCAUCGAGGUCCAGGUCCACAAUGACCCGGGCUGCAGCUCCGCCCCCUACACCUGCCACCGCUCCGUCAGCAUCUUCCUCCCGUGGGAGGGUGAGGUUCGGCUGCACGCCACCAACGUGACCUUCAAGGGUCAAAGUCUGCAGCUGCCUCAUCACAUCCACGACCUGCAGCUGGAGCGGAUCUCCCAGUACGUCCUGGUGACGCAGCAGCACGGCUUCACGUUGGCCUGGGACGGACGCAGCGGCUCCGUCUACAUCAAACUCAGCCCCGAGUUCGUGGGCAGAACCUGCGGCCUGUGUGGGAACUUCAACGCGGACGUCCAGGACGACCUGAAGACCAGUUACGGUGUGCUGACUCAUGACGUAGAAAUGUUUGGGAAUAGCUGGGUGGAGGCCGAGCCACACGAGGCCCGAUGUCCCAUGGUGCCCUCUGGCUUCUCUUCACCCUGUGCUGCAGUGGAAGCUCAUGUCCUGCUGAAAGUGGACGAGGUGUGUUCGAUGCUGCUGGAUCCUCCGUUUCAGAGCUGCCACGACUUUGUGAGCCCGCUGUCCUACAUGGCCAGCUGCUCCAACGACCUCUGCAUGUCGGGUCCCAGCGGUGAUGUGGUAUGCCAGGUGUUCAGCGAGUACGCCCGGGCCUGUGGCCACGCCGACCACCCACUGCACGACUGGAGGCAGCACAUUCCUCAGUGUGCGAAGCAGUGUCCUCUGGGUCUGCAGUACAGGGAAUGCAUCAGCUGCUGCCCGGCGUCCUGCAACCUGGAGCGGACAUGCAUCGACAGCAAGCUGGCCUGCCUGGAUGGAUGCUACUGCCCUGAAGGUCUGAUUUACGAGGACGGAGGCUGUGUGACGCCCUCCGACUGUCCCUGCGAGUACCACGGCCUGUUUUAUCCAUCUGGACAGACGCUGCAGGAGGAAUGCAGCAACUGCACAUGUGUGGGUGGAGUGUGGAACUGCACCGACUACAGCUGCCCAGGAGAAUGCUCGGUGACUGGAGAUAUGUAUUUUCAAUCCUUCGACGGGCGGAUCUACACCUUCUCUGCAACAUGUCAGUACGUCCUCGCCAAGAGUCGCAACUCAGGGAAGUUCACGGUCACCGUCCAGAACGCCCCGUGUGGAGCCAACUUGGACGGGGCCUGCAUCCAAUCAGUUAACCUGGUUAUUGACGAGGAUCCAAGAACGGAGAUUACACUGAGUCACGUUGGCGAGGUCUUCAUGGCCGGACAGUACCGCAUCUCUCUGCCCUAUUCUGAUGACGUCUUCCACAUCCAGGAGCUGUCGUCCAUGUUCCUGCAGGUGAAGACGGCGUUCGGCCUGCGUCUGCAGUACAGCUGGAGGGAGUUCAGGCUCUACCUGCAGGCCGACGAGCUGUGGAAGGACGACACGGUGGGCCUGUGUGGAACCUUCAACGGAAACAUUCAGGACGACUUCCUAUCUCCGUCCGGUAUGAUAGAAAGCACUCCUCAGCUGUUUGGAAACGCCUGGAGAGUGUCGUCGGCGUGUUCGACCAGCCUGAGUGCUCCUCAGCUCGACCCCUGUGACACCCACCAACAGGCCGUGGCCUACGCCUCAGAGAUGUGCGACGUGCUGAACCAGGAUCUGUUCUCCGGCUGCCACGAGUACCUCAGUCCGACCUCCUUCCACCAGCAGUGUCGCUCUGACACCUGUAAGUGCGGGACGCCCUGCCUCUGCUCCGCUCUGGCCCACUACGCCCGUCACUGCCGAAGGUUCUCCGUCAUCGUGGACUUCCGAUCGCAGAUACCCGACUGUGCGGUCACCUGUCCCGCCACCAUGCGGUACGGCACCUGUGUGUCGUCCUGCCAGCGCCGUUGCUCCGCCCUCUCCGUCCCGCAGCAGUGCGGCGAGGAGUGUGAGGAGGGCUGCGUCUGCCCGCCGGAGUCCUUCUACAACCACCGCACACACACCUGCGUGCACAGGAGCGAGUGUCCCUGCAGUUUCCUCGGAGCCGAUUACGAACCAGGAGAUGUGAUCAUGACGUCAGCAGGUGUUCAACUUUGUCUGAACGGUAAACUGGUGUCCCAAACAACAGACAGCAACAUGUUGUGUCCAGCCGGUCAGCUCUACCAGAACUGCUCAGAGGGGGGUGAUGGCGUCCUGUCGGGGAGGGGCGCGGCCUGUGAGCGCACCUGUGAAUCCUUCCUGCUCAACCUCACCUGCUCGGCACAUGAGCCCUGCGUGGCCGGAUGUACCUGCCCUCCUGGCUUGCUGAAACAUGGAGACGAGUGCUUUGAACCUGCAUCCUGUCCCUGUCUGUGGAAAGGAAAGGAGUAUUACCCCGGAGACAGAGUGUCCUCACCCUGCCAUCAGUGUGUUUGCCAACACGGGACGUUCCAGUGUGUGUUCCGUCCGUGUCCGUCCAUGUGCAUGGCGUACGGCGACCGCCACUACCGGACGUUUGACGGGCUGCUGUUUGACUACGUCGGUGCAUGCAAAGUCUAUCUGGUGAAGAGCAGCGCCGAUCUGAUGCUCAGCGUGACGGCCGAGAACGUUGACUGUUUCGACAGCGGAGUCAUCUGCAGGAAAUCUCUGCUGAUCAACAUCGGAAGAUCCUUCGUAGCGUUCGAUGAAGACUCUGGGAAACCAAACCCGUCCAGUGUGAUCGACAGGAAGCAGAGGAUGUUCAUCUGGUCGGCCGGAUACUUCACCGUGGUUCAUUUCCCCGAUGAGGACGUCACCGUCCUCUGGGACCGCAAGACCACCGUCCACAUCCAGGUCGGACCGCGCUGGCAGGGGAAGCUCAGCGGCCUGUGUGGAAACUUUGACACAAAGACGGUGAACGAGAUGAGAUCGCCGGACAACAUCGACUCCCCGACUCCACAGGAGUUUGGAAACAGCUGGACGGCAGCAGAGUGUGUGAACAGUCCAGACAUCAGACACCCCUGCAGCCUCAGUCCACUCAGAGAGCCCUUUGCAAAGCGUCAGUGUGGGGUCCUGCUCAGCGAGGUCUUCCAGGCCUGCCACCCGGUGGUGGACGUCACCUGGUUCUACAUGAACUGUCUGGCCGAUACGUGCGCCUGCAGCCGUGGAGGCGACUGUGAGUGUUUCUGCACCAGCGUGGCGGCGUACGCUCAGCGCUGCUGCCAUCAGGGCGUUCCUGUCGACUGGCGCUCUCCAUCUCUGUGCCCGUAUGAUUGUGAAUUCUACAACAAAGUUCUGGGUAAAGGCCCGUUCAGGCUGAUCACCUUCAGGGAUCGAACCACGCUGUUGGCGGCCAGCGGGUCCAGCGGCUCCGUGUUUCUGCAGCGCGGGAACUUCAGCGCCGCCACGGCCGCUGCCGCCGGAGUCCUUCUGCAUUUCAUGAUGACACCGGGCCUUAGCAAAGCCCGACCGCACGACACAUCUCGGGUUUCCUUCGAGGCGGCCGACAGACCAAACUACUUCUUGUUUGCGAGCCCCGGCGGCCAGGUGAGGCUGGCCAAAUGGGAGGAGAGCAAUGCAUUCUGGGACGGAGCCACCUUCAUCCUCCACAGGAACACCUGGACGGCCGGCUACGACGCGCUGGAGUCCCACGCCAAACCGGGCUUCUUCCUCCACGCCACGCCGACCCGCCUCCACCUGCUCAAGUACAGACACGCCGACAGCUACCGCAAGGCCACGCUGUUCAGACUGACAGGCCCCAGCGUGGACGCCCUGCCGGGUCCUCGGUGUCAGUGGCGGUACGAUUCCUGCGUCGUCCCGUGCUUCAAGACCUGCAGCGACCCGUCAGCUGAAGCCUGCGACGCCAUCCCACAAGUGGAGGGCUGCCUUCCUGUCUGCCCCCCCCACAUGGUCCUGGAUGAGGUCACCCAUCGCUGUGUCUUCGUUGAAGACUGCAUUAAGGGCCCAGUGGUUGUUCAGCCUGUAACACCGUCCUCUGCAGCUGUCACUUCUGCAACCACCACGAGCACUGCUGCCCCCACCAGCCCACUCCAGACCACCACCACCACCACCACCCUGACCCGUCCGGUCUCCGUCUCUACUUCUGCAGCUCCUGACAUUUCCAGGACAUCAGGACCCCCGUCUCUUCCAACAGCGCCCCCUGCUGUCAGACCGGAGGUGGAGGAGCCGCUAUCUACACCCAGAGCGACUGAAGCUUUGCCCACCGCUGCAGCGUUGACGACCAGAGCUGUGACCUCCACCACCGGCCCAUUUGGCCCCAUCACGUCCAGAACGAGCAGCGCUCCUUACGCCAUCACGGCUCUCUUCUGGUUCACCUCCACAAUCAAGCCCACCGACAUCCUUAAGCCGGUCUUCUCCACCACCGCCGCCACGACGCUGCAGCCGUCAACCCCCGCAGCAACGACCGAAGGGCCAACCGCCACCACGACCCCUCCACCCGUUUUCAUUACCCCAACCACAGAGACCACAGCGGCUACGACACAUUCAGCAGCAGUUACUCCGGUUGUAACCGACUCUAGUCCAAGACCUGCUCCGGUCUCAGAGACGGCUCCAGUUACAGACCGGACCAUUGUUCCCAGAACUACAUCUUUACCCACAGUCACAUCAGCUAAAACCACAGAAUCAGUCACACCAGUUGCGCCUUACACCACCAGUAAAACAACACCGUACAUAGGUCCAGAGACGACAUCACCACCUGCUACCACAGAGAAGAUUCAGCACAUCGCUUCCUCUGAAUAUACAACUUUUACAACAGCUGUUCCUGAGAUACCAACGUCAUCUCCAAUCCAUGUUGCACCGACUACAACUGCACCAUCUGCUUCUUCCUUAGCUGCAACAGACUGGAGAACAACAACAACAACAACGGAGAAAGUUACCGAACUUGAAUCCACUGUGUCUGAGAUACCGGGAGCUACCACAACAAUGGCUGCACCUCCACCUCUGAAGAUUACGGACUCCCCGACUUCUCCCGUGUCCACCACCACGACUUAUUUUGAAAGAACCUCCUGGUCUACCGCCGUCCCAACGGCAGAGAAAACCACAAGGACCACGACUUCCAGAUCUCCAGAGAUGUCCACCGUCUCCACAGGCCUUCCUGUUACGACAAAGCCAACUGUACCGCCAAUGUCUCCUACGGAAACCACCACUGUGCCACUUUUACCAACAACAGAGCGCUCCACCCAUCCUGCGUCUACCGUUGGUACCUCCGAGCUGUUGCAUUGGGGCACCUCCUCCACCUCGGUCUCCAGCCCCACAGUAAAGACCCAACCGGAGGUCACGUCUAUAACUGUCAUCCCUGAAGUCACCUCCACCAAAACUACCGAAGUUCCUCCCCUUCCCGUAACGUCAACACCCGUUGUCACCUCUUUGACAUCAGCUGCUGCCACAGCCACCACCGCCAAAACUACAACGCCUCCUGAAAUCUCAACCGCAGAAAUUGCAGCCACGACGAACACGAAACCGGCUACUCCGCCACCUCCACCUGCGCCUGGUGUUCCUGAGACCCUUCUCACCACCAUCUCUACAAGAGCUCCACCAGGCGUUGUCACCACCACGCUAAGACCUGUCAUUUUGCAGCCGGUUACAGAGACGACACAUCCAGUGACCGGCAGAGUGGAGGUGUCAAUGACUACUACAACCACUCCUCCUCCAUCUUGGUCUCCACCGCUAACAACUUCUACUUCCACCGCGACUCCGAGGCCGACGUCGGUCCAGGACAAAGUCACCACUCGGUUGGUGUCAUCUGAAAGGGCUACAACGACCAGCACCAUCGCACAAACAACCACCGUCAGAUCGACACCCAGGGUUCCUGUGACAACAAGAAUCACCCCCAGAAUCACGUCGACUGAGAGGUCAACCGUCAGGCCGGUCACUGCGAAGGUGACCGUAGCAACGAGGCCCCCCGCAUCAACAACCAGAUCCACCACUCUCGGCCCACAGACCCUCACGUCAAGUCCUGGAACAACAACCACGUCUGGGUCGUCGUCUGCAACCGUCGCAACAUCUGCAGAGUCGGUCACCACAGCGAGCACGACCGAACCCGCCGACACAACCACAGCAGCGCUUCACAGCCUGACCACCGUGAGCGCUCCAGCAACGUCAGUCAGGGUGUCUACAGCUGUCCCCAUGACAACCACCAGAGAGUCAGCCACACCUGAGAAAACCAUGACAACCAAAGAGAGUGAAGCAUCGUCGCCAACAUCCCCACCGGCGACUCCUCUGCCUGGCACUCACCUGAUUUCUACCCAGAAGCCUUAUAUUCCCACUACGACGUCUCUCCCAGAAGCCACCUCGGUCAAAACUACAGAGCAGGACAGAGUCGAUCGCACCAGUCCAGGUGCAACGACGCCUCCAGCACCAUCGUCGCUCCACCCACCUCUGGAAACGACCAGUAGCACGGCAGAGGUGACGACGUCCGUGGCUGUAUCGCCCACAAGGAUGUGCACUCCUCCGUAUGCAGAGAUCGUCGAUGAGUGCACGAAGUACAUCUGCGUCAACAACCAGCUCGUCCUGUUCAACAAAUCUCAGAGCUGCCCCUUCACCUCCGAACCCCCGAACUGCGGCCUCCUCGGCUUUGCCGUACAGGUCAAUGGAGACAAGUGCUGCCCAAAGUGGGACUGUCCAUGCCGCUGCUCCAUGUUUCCGGAUCUGAACGUGAUCACAUUUGAUGGGAACAGCGUUGCCGUCUACAAGGCCGCCUCCUACAUAGUGACCCAGCUGCCCAACGAGACCGUCAGCGUCCUGGUUCAGGAGUGUCCUGCUGAUUCAGAGUCACAACUCCUCUGGAACUUCACCAACCUGUGUCUGGUGGCGCUCAACAUCACGCACAACUCCAACCACAUCAUCAUCAACAGGCUGCAGAGGAGGCUCUACGUCAACUCGCGCUACGCCAAGCCUCGAUUCAAAAAGUUUGGCUUCGAGAUCUACGACACCGGCAACAUGUACCUGAUCCGCAGCCCGGCCGGCCUCAGGCUGCAGUGGUACCACAGCACCGGCAUGAUGGUGAUCGACACCGACAGCUCCGGUACCAAGCUUCACACGAUGGGCCUCUGUGGUUUCUGUGAUGGAGACCCAACUAACGACCUGACUCUGGCUAACGGCACCACGGUGGGAGCGAGCGAGGAUCCGGCCGUUUUCAUCGACAGCUGGCAGGUUCCCAACACCACCGGCUACGUCAGCCACAGCCGCCGCCGUGAGCUCAACUGCUCCACCAGCGACUGCUCCGUCUGCCUGCUCAUGCUGCAGAACGACGCCUUCCACCCCUGCCACGCCUUCGUCCCGCCGAGCACCUUCUGUGAGGUUUGGGUUCGAGAUGCCGAGUACGUCAACAACCGGUGUGUGGCGCUCGCUGCUUACGUGGCCUCUUGCCACAAAUUCAACAUCUGCAUCGCGUGGAGGAGUCCAGACUACUGCCCCUUCUCGUGUCCCGACUCUCUUCGGUACCAGGCCUGUCUGCCGGGCUGUACUUCUCAGUCCUGCCCCAACCACGACUUCGACGCCGACCCGGACCAGUGUUCAGGUCUGACGGAGGGCUGCGUCUGCCCCGAGGGAACGCUGCUCCACCGGCCGUACUCCGCCCUCUGCAUCUCACCGGACAAGUGUGCGUGCACCGACAGCUCCGGCGCUCCCCGUGCACACGGCGAGGUGUGGAAGGCCUCCAAGGACGCCUGCUGCAUGUACCGCUGCGACAACGACACCAUCGUCCCCGUGGAGUACAACUGCUCCAGCGUGGGGGCGCCGCUGUGCCGUCGAGAGGCCGAGGUGCUCAUCAGCCUGGCCGACGACGCCAGCUGCUGCCCGCAGAAAGCCUGUGUGUGUAACCAGAGCCUGUGUGACCUGACCCCUCCGGAGUGUAAGUACGGGGAGAAGCUGGUGUCGUACUACAGACAGGACUCCUGCUGUCCGGACUACGUUUGUGAGUGCGAUCCUGAACUCUGCGAGUCGGACGUUCCCGCCUGCAGAGACGACCAGACUCUGAUCGCCACCAGAGCCGAAGGCAGCUGCUGUCUCGCCCACAUCUGUGUGUGUUCUUCCUGUUCGGAGACGCCUCCUCUCUGCCAGGACAGCGAGGUGCUGACGGUGGACGGAAACACCACGGACCGCUGCUGCCCCGCCUACCUAUGUGUGUGUGACCCCUUCAGGUGUCCUCUGCUCGGUUGUCCUGUUGGGAUGUCGGUGUUGUCCGUGUCCAGUCCGAGUCGCUGCUGUCCGAACCAAACAUGUGAAUGUUCCUGUGAAAAGAUCGCCUCCCCAAAAUGUGGUCUGGGAGAAGCCGCCCAGCUGGACCGGGCCUUCCUGUCCGACCCACAGAACCAGUGCGCCUGCAAAAGAUACAAGUGUGUGCGUGAGGCGGUGUGUGUGUUCGGCGAUCGUGGCGUGUUGCGUCCGGGUCAGACUCUGGUGGAUCACCGUGAGACUCUGACAGGCGUGUGUCACAGCCGGCAGUGCAGCCGCAGCCUCGACCCGACGAGCGGCUUCCACCUGCUGAGAACCAACAGCAUCAACUGCUCCUCCCACUGCCAACCAAAUCAGAUCUACGUUCCUCCGAAGGACCAGACGACGUGUUGCGGUGUUUGUAAGAACAUUUCCUGCCUCUACGAACACGAGAACGGGACAACUGUUCUCUACAAGCCGGGGAAGUCCUGGGUAUCAAACUGUGUGAAGUUUGACUGCACAGACACUCUGUCGGGUCCGACGCUCAUCUCCUACUCCUACAGCUGCCCUCCAUUCAACGAGACAGAGUGUAUGAAGAUCGGUGGAACUGUCGUGAGUUACAUGGACGGAUGCUGCAGGACGUGCAAAGAAGACGGGAAGUCGUGUCAGAAGGUGACGGUGAGGAUGACGAUCAGGAAGAACGACUGUCGCAGCAACAGGCCGGUGAACAUCGUGUCAUGUGACGGGAAGUGUCCGUCCGCCAGCAUCUACAACUACAACAUCAACACGUACGCUCGUUUCUGUAAGUGCUGCAGGGAGACGGGGCUGCAGCGGCGCUCCGUGCAGCUCUACUGCAGCAGCAACGCCACCUGGGUCAGCUACGCCAUCCAGGAGCCCACCGACUGCUCCUGCCAGUGGUCCUAA